UAAGCUGUGUGUUACCUGACUUCUCUAAGUUCCAAAAAGCUCAAAUAAAAACGUAUCACUUUCGUAAAAUGAAAACAAACUUCGUUGCUGUUCAAAGGAUUUCUGAGAUCCACAUCGGAACUCGAUAAUAAUUGGGCAAAAAUGGCUUCAUUAUUCUUCUUUAACCUAUGAUUCAGAUCUCUCUCACAAGCCCUAAUUCUACCUCAUUCCAUCUCCAUCAUCUUUGAUCCUCCAUUUCACCUCUCAAUCCACGUUUACAUUAAGGAACAGAGCAAGAUGUAUAUGGCCUAUGGAUGGCCCCAGGUCAUCCCCCUUGAAUCUUCCCUUUGCCCAUCUUCUCAGCAGAUCAUUUACCUUAAGGUCGUUAAUCGUUUACUACUCGUUGUUUCUCCCACUCAUCUCGAACUCUGGAGCUCAGCCCAGCAUAGAAUAAGAUUGGGGAAGUACAAGCGAGAUUCGGAUUCAGUGCAGAGGGAAGGAGAGAAUAUUCAGGCUGUGUGGAGUCCUGAUACCAAAUUAAUUGCCAUUCUUACAUCAUCUUUCUUUCUCCACAUCUUUAAGGUCCAAUUCACGGAUAGAAAGAUACACUUUGGAGGAAAACAGCCCUCUGGUUUGUCUUUUGCCACCGUCUCUUUGGUUCUUAGUGAGCAGGUGCCUUUUGCAGCAAGGGACUUGACAGUUAGCAACAUUGUAAGCGACAGCAGGCAUAUGUUUAUUGGGCUUUCUAGUGGAUCUUUAUACAGUAUAUCCUGGAAGGGAGAGUUCUAUGGGGCCUUUGAUAUUGAUCUUCAUACCCGUGAUCACAAUGAAAUUGGCCUACCUUCUCUUCCUCUGGACAAUGGUCUUGCUUAUAAAAGUUCUACAAGGAUUCUCAAGACCAAUCACGAUGUCAAGCAAUCUGUUAUCAUAAAGUUGGACCUUUGUCUACCUCUGAGGAUGCUCUUUGUGCUUUAUUCUGAUGGAAAGCUAGUGCAAUGUUCUGUAAGCAAGAAGGGCUUAAAGUACACUGAUGCUAUUAAGGCUGAAUUUUUUUUUGGUACUGUAGAUGCUGUGUGUACAUCUGUCGCUCCAAACCAACAAAUCCUUGCAGUAGGCUCCAGAAGAGGGGUUGUUGAAUUAUAUGAUCUAGCAGAUUCUGCCUCCCUCUUUCGUUCUGUUUCUUUGCAUGACUGGGGAUAUUCUGUAGAGGACACUGGUUAUGUUAGUUGCAUUGCCUGGACACCAGAUAAUUCUGCUUUUGCAGUUGGGUGGAAAUUAAGAGGGCUAGCUGUAUGGUCCAUUUCUGGUUGCCGUUUGAUGUCAACUAUCCGCCAAGUUGGUUUAAGUUCUGUAUCAUCUCCAAUGGUUAAACCAAACCAAGACUGCAAAUAUGAACCUUUAAUUGGUGGUACUUCGCUGAUCCAGUGGGAUGAAUAUGGUUACAAGCUUUAUGCUGUUGAGGAAAGAACGUCAGAAAGAAUACUUGCAUUUUCUUUUGGCAAGUGUUGCCUUAACAGAGGCGUUUCUCGCACAACACACAUACGGCAAGUAAUAUAUGGUGAUGAUCGACUGCUCAUUGUGCAAUCAGAAGAUAGCGACGAACUUAAAAUGCUUAAUGUUAACCUUCCGGUCUCUUAUAUUUCUCAAAAUUGGCCUAUUCAACAUGUUGCAGCUAGUGAGGAUGGUAUGUAUUUAGCAGUUGCCGGUCUACAUGGUCUAAUCUUGUAUGAUAUUCGGGUGAAAAAGUGGCGCGUAUUUGGGGAUAUUACUCAAGAACAAAAAAUUAAGUGUGAAGGUUUAUUAUGGCUGGGGAAGAUUAUCGUAGUUUGCAACUACACUGAAUCUUCUAACAUGUAUGAGUUGCUUUUCUUCCCAAGGUAUCACCUUGACCAGAGUUCUUUACUGUGUCGGAAACCACUGCCUGGAAAACCUGUGGUGAUGGAUGUACAUCAAGAAUAUAUACUAGUCACCUAUCGACCAUUUGAUGUUCACAUUUUCCAUUUGACAUUACUUGGUGAAUUGACAUUAUCUAGUACCCCCAAAUUACAGCUUUCUACAGUAAGAGAAUUGUCAAUUAUGACUGCAAAGAGCCAUCCAGCAUCAAUGCGGUUUAUUCCUGAACAAUUCCCAAAAGAAGGCAUUUCAAACAGUCAUAUCUCUUCUUCUCCCACAUUAGUUCGAGAGCCUGCAAGAUGUUUGAUUUUGAGAGCAAAUGGAGAACUUUCUCUUCUGGAUUUGGAUGAUGGACGAGAAAGGGAGCUUACUGAUUCUGUUGAAUUAUUCUGGGUCACUUGUGGUCAUUCAGAGGAUAAAACAAAUCUAAUUGAGGAAGUUUCUUGGUUGGAUUAUGGUCAUCGGGGACUGCAGGUUUGGUAUCCUUCUCCAGGCGUCGACUCCUUUAAGCAGGAGGAUUUCUUGCAGCUGGAUCCAGAGUUGGAAUUUGAUCGGGAGGUAUACCCACUUGGACUUCUCCCAAAUGCUGGUGUUGUUGUAGGUGUAUCUCAAAGAAUGUCAUUUUCUGCAAGCACAGAAUUUCCAUGUUUUGAGCCAUCACCUCAAGCUCAAACCAUACUGCAUUGCCUAUUACGGCAUCUUCUACAGAGAGAUAAAAGUGAGGAAGCUCUAAGGUUGGCACGAUUAUCAGCAGAGAAGCCUCACUUUUCUCAUUGUCUAGAAUGGCUUCUUUUUACAGUUUUUGAUGCAGAAAUAUCCAGGCAAAAUGUGAACAAGAACCAGAAUACAGCGGCUAAAUAUGCAAACAAGCUGUCACUUUUGGAAAAGACAUGUGAGCUGAUAAAGAAUUUCUCUGAGUAUCACGAUGUAGUUGUAAGUGUUGCAAGAAAAACUGAUGCUCGACAUUGGGCCGAUUUGUUCUCCGCUGCUGGAAGAUCAACAGAGCUGUUUGAGGAGUGCUUCCAGCGGAGGUGGUAUCGCACUGCAGCCUGUUACAUACUUGUGAUUGCAAAACUUGAAGGCCCUGCGGUUAGUCAGUACUGCGCUUCACGCCUAUUGCAAGCAACACUAGACGAAUCCUUGUAUGAGCUUGCUGGAGAGCUGGUGAGGUUUCUGCUGAGAUCUGGAAGAGACUACGAUCAUGCAUCGGCAGAUUCAGACAAACUAUCACCUCGAUUCUUGGGCUAUUUUCUUUUUCGUUCUAGCAGGAACCAAACCUUCGAUAGAAGUUCAUCAUUCAAGGAGCCAAGCGCACAUGUUACUUCUGUCAAAACCAUUUUGGAAAGUCAUGCUAGCUAUUUGAUGUCUGGGAAGGAAUUAUCAAAGCUUGUAGCAUUUGUCAAAGGAACUCAGUUUGAUUUAGUGGAGUAUCUCCAAAGGGAGAGAUAUGGAAGUGCUCGUUUAAAGGAUUUUGCAUCAGGGCUUGAACUAAUUGGGGAGAAGCUUCAAAUGGGAACACUUCAAAGCCGGUUGGAUGCAGAUUUCCUCUUGGCUCAUAUGUGCUCCGUUAAGUUUAAGGAAUGGAUUGUUGUUUUAGCCACUCUUCUAAGACGGUCUGAAGUUCUGUCUGAUCUAUUUAGGCAUGAUCUACGGUUGUGGGAAGCAUACAAGAGCACCCUACAGUCAUCAUUUGUAGAGUAUCACGAUCUGCUCGAAGACUUGAACGAAAGACUUACGUCAGCAGAAAAAUUGGAGGAAUCGCAAACCGGUCGAAGUACAUUUGAUCAAGCAAGCAUCAACAUGUUAACAGAGAGCGAAGCAGAGCAGUAUUAAUCGACCCCUCUCGACAUAAGCAUUAGAUAAUAAUGAGUGGAGUCUCACUAGAAUCUUGCUACUUCAGCCUUGCCGAUUGGAGGAUAUGGCUUUUCUUCUCCUUGUAAUACUAAUUCAAUCAAUAUUGUGUAUAUGGCUUUUCUUCUUCCCCUUUGUCAAGAGUUUUCUUUUUUGGGGUUUGCUGGGUGAGGGGUGGUUGAGUAAUGUUAGGAAGGGAAUCUGUAAAGUUUGUGCAAAUGGUCAUUAUUGUAGGAAGUAUUAUUUCUUUGCAAUAUUCCUUAUUUAAGUAUUCUUUUGGAGAAACGUGUAAUAGUUUAGUGCUUAGAGCUUGUACUACUUAAACGUUGGUCAUAAGAUGUCAAAUAUUUGUAGGGGCUUUACAAUGACUAAUGGAGUUCUCCAUAGAAAAUAAUAAUGGGUUGUUUGGCCUCAAUUUGGAGUGAA